AAGAAUAUGAUUAAAUUUUUAAGCAGAUUUGGGUUCAAUACAAUAAAAGUAUAUCUUUAAAAUAAAUAAAAGCAACCAUCAGUUGCAGUAUUCAAUACUAAGAAAUAUGAUGUAGACUACUUGACAAAAGUUAAUACAAGUCUUCCAGAAGAAAAACAAGUUAAAUUAUCAUUUUUUGCAGAAUAAUUAAAUGAGAAUAGUGCAAGAUUGGCACAUGACUGUGAUACAGUUUGGUAUAUAUAUAGUAUUAUGUAAUUAUUUAGUUGUUUUGUAAAUGACAAGGUUUCUGCUUAAGUUUUAAGAAAACUUUCUACUCAAGGAAUAGAUUUAAUAGCUUUAAGAUGUGCAGGAUUCAAUAAUGUAGAUUUAAAAGAAGCUGAUAAACUUGGAGUAAGGGUUGUAAGAGUCCCAGCUUAUUCUCCAGAGGCAGUUGCAGAAUUUUCAAUUGCUCUUCUCCUAUCCCUAAAUCGUAAAAUCCAUAAAGCAUUUAAUCGCACAAGAGAUCACAACUUUGCACUUGAUGGACUUGUGGGAUCUAAUUUACAUGGAAAAACAAUAGGAUUGAUUGGACUUGGAAAAAUUGGAAUUUGCUUUGCCAAAAUUUGUAAAGGAUUUGGAAUGAAUGUUAUUGCUUAUGACCCUUAGAAAGAUCAAAAACUAGCUGAAUCUAUAGGAUUUUAAUAUGUUGAUGAAAGUGACAUCUUUUACUAAAGUGAUUACAUCUCUUUACAUUGUCCUUUAACACCUUAAACCAGACACAUAAUCAAUGAACAUUCUAUCACUAAAAUGAAAGAAAAUGUUAUGAUCAUAAACACAGGAAGAGGGGCACUUAUUGAAACUAAGGCAGUUGUUAACGCUUUGAAAAAAAAAAAAAUCGGAGGCUUAGCAAUAGGUAUAAAUCUAAAUUAAAAAUUAGAUGUUUAUGAAUAAGAAGAAAAAUUAUUCUUUAAAGAUAUAAGUUAAGAAGUCUUAACUGAUGAUGUUUUAGCCAGAUUACUAUCAUUCCCCAAUGUCAUUAUCACAGGACAUUAAGCUUUUUUUACACAUGAAGCUUUGAUGAAUAUUAGCUAAACAACUUUAAAUAACAUUUACGAAUUUAAAACUAAAGGAUCAUGUAUUAAUUAAGUCCAUCCAUAAUGAGAAUUUUUAUCAAUAUUAAUUGUUAUAUUCAGCAAUAUUCCCA